AGAAUGGCUCGUACCAAGCAAACCGCUCGCAAGUCGACCGGCGGGAAGGCGCCUCGCAAGCAGCUGGCCACCAAAGCGGCCCGCAAGAGCGCGCCGGCCACCGGGGGCGUGAAGAAGCCGCAUCGCUACCGGCCGGGGACAGUGGCUCUGCGGGAGAUCCGCCGCUACCAGAAGUCGACGGAGCUGCUGAUCCGUAAGCUGCCUUUCCAGCGGCUGGUGCGUGAGAUCGCGCAGGACUUCAAGACGGACCUGCGCUUCCAGAGCUCGGCCGUGAUGGCGCUGCAGGAGGCCAGCGAAGCCUACCUGGUGGGGCUGUUCGAGGACACCAACCUGUGCGCCAUCCACGCCAAGCGGGUGACCAUCAUGCCCAAGGACAUCCAGCUGGCGCGCCGCAUCCGCGGGGAGAGAGCCUAAGGCGUUCCUCUCCCGUUGCUUGCUCCGCUCCGUCCCUUGGAGCUCGACCGCCAAAAAUAACCCCAAAGGCUCUUUUCAGAGCCACUACUUGUUCAAAAAAGAGUUGUCACUCGUUUCCUUAAAGCGCAAUAACUGAGUUUAACGAACUGCCGUCUUUAAUCCAUGACUAAAGUUCUGUGGGAGUUUACUUUUAAGUAGGGGAGUGAAAUCGGAAUAGUUAGCUGCGGCUAACUUGUGUUAACUUUGAAAUUGGCAUUUAAAAUUUAUUUACCUAAUCGGAAUAGUUUACUGUUUUAGCCAGUAAGAUGAAGUGUAGGUCAGCCAUGGCGAGUGUGAAUGCUUUCUGAUUGGUAAGUCACUCGAGAGCCGUUUAAAAUGAAAGCCCGCGCUAGGGGUUGGCUCAGUUUUACAUAGGGCGGUUGCGCAGCACGGGCUGGCUCUCCGUAUCCAUCGGAUGAAUUUAACUGACUCUGGAGAGCUCUUGUGGGACUAAAUGGUCUUUCAAGGCUACUGGGCUUUCGGUUUAUGAAUCACCGUGUAAUAUCUGCAUUAGCCUUCGAAAUACCUCCGACUGUUUAUUGGGAGGGGAGCUACAAUACAAUUGCCCUCAUUCUCCACCGUCUUUGGUGGCAGGAGAGCCCUUUCUGCAACGUUGGGGGAUGAGCUGAUAGUAGUUCUAAACGGACGCAAUCCUAUUUAGUUGUGUCGGCAAGUGCUGCAAAUAAAUGGAUUAUUCAGGACAACAACCUUUAGGCGGCACGUUUCUCUGUCGCACGCAGUUUUCACAAUAGCUUCCUAUCGAACAAUAGACAACUAACGAGAAAAUAGAAACCAGUACUUGAGCAAUCACACAGG